ACCUGCCACACCACACCGGUACUCCCAAAAUUGACGGAUAGAUUCUUUUUUUUUUUUCUCUCUCUUUCUUUUGCACAGUUUGUCAGGAAAAUUUCUUGCAGCCGGAAAAAAAAACAUUGAAGUUUUCCGGCAAAGGGAAAUGGUUUCCCCGGAAAAUACGAAUUGGCUGUACGAUUUCACUAUGAUCGACGACAUGCCUGUUCACGAUGCCAAUUUCUCUGUCUCUGCUGCGGGUUUUACUUGGCCUGUUCAACCCAUGAACGGCCCCUCUAAUGUCAGUGUGAAUUCUAUCACUGAUGCCUCAUUUGGGGAUUCAGAUGGCCCAAAUGAAAGUGGCUCAAAAAAGAGGGGUAGAUCUGAAUCGUGCACUGCUGCAUUUAGCUCCAAGGCAUGUAGGGAGAAGUUGCGUAGGGAUAGGCUGAACGAUAAGUUUGUGGAGUUAGGCUCUAUCUUGGAGCCUGGGCGGCCUCCCAAAACAGACAAGGCAGCUAUUUUGAUUGAUGCUGUACGGUUGGUUACUCAACUGCGGGGUGAGGCCCAGAAGUUGAAGGACUCAAAUUCUAGUCUCCAAGAGAAGAUUAAAGAGUUGAAGGCUGAGAAGAAUGAGCUUCGUGAUGAGAAGCAAAGGCUGAAGGCAGAGAAAGAGAAAUUGGAGCAGCAACUCAAGGCCAUGAACGCACAACCCAGCUUCUUGGCCCCUCCUACAAUUCCUGCUGCAUUUGCAGCCCAAGGCCAAGCUCCUGGCAACAAGUUGGUGCCUUUCAUUGGUUACCCUGGAGUUGCGAUGUGGCAAUUCAUGCCACCAGCUGCAGUGGACACCUCACAGGAUCAUGUGCUCCGCCCUCCAGUUGCUUAAGUUCACAACUUAACAAGGUUUUGGAUUGGCAGUUUGCACCUAACAAAUGUAUCCGUACUUGGCUGUAGUCUUUUAAUUGGAUUUGGUGGAUGACUGUGCUUGAAUUUCUGUACUUCUAUGAAUUCUUGCUGGCAUUACAUGUAAAUUUUAAUAAGUUAUCUGGCAACCCAAAUUUUCAAA